CACACAGGAGCAGAGACCCCUCCUCAGCAAUAAUGAAGUUCGUUAGGUUCAUUAUGAAGAAUGCUGCCUUGGCUAGUGUGCCCAAACAUAUCGAGCAUUUUUCUAAAUUUUCUCCUUCGCCGCUCUCCAUGAAGCAAUUUCUCGAUUUCGGUUCCAUCAACGCCUGUGAGAAGACCUCCUUUGUGUUUCUGAGGCAGGAGCUUCCUGUUAGACUUUCUAAUAUAAUGAAAGAAAUCAACCUCCUGCCUGACAAGCUGGUCACAACUCCGUCAGUGCAGAUGGUGCAGAGCUGGUAUAUUCAGAGUUUAAUGGAAAUUCUUGAAUUCUUAGACAAGAAUCCUGACGACCACAAAGUCCUGGGAGAGUUUGUUGGUGCGUUGGUCACCAUCAGAAACAGACAUAACGACGUCGUGCCGACCAUGGCUCAGGGUAUCAUAGAAUAUAAAGAAGCUUUUCCCCAGGAUCUGGUCACCAACCAGAACAUCCAGUACUUUCUGGACCGGUUUUACAUGAGCCGCAUCUCUAUCCGCAUGCUCAUCAACCAGCACACUCUUAUUUUUGACGGCGCCCCCAACCCGAUCCACCCCAACCCCAUCGGAAGCAUCGACCCUCACUGUCAAGUCGGAGAUGUAGUUCAGGAUGCUUUCCACAGUGCCAAGAUGUUGUGUGACCAGUACUAUCUCUGCUCCCCUGAUCUGAUCCUACAGGAGAGAAACAACAAGAAGAAGAACAACCCCAUCAGCAUCGUGUAUGUGCCCUCUCACCUUUAUCACAUGCUGUUUGAGCUCUUUAAGAACGCUAUGAGGGCUACUAUUGAGACCCAUGAGAGCAGCAACAAUCUGCCGCCUAUUGAAGUCAUGGUGUCUCUUGGAGGAGAGGACAUGUCAAUAAAGGUGAGCGACAAGGGUGGCGGUGUCCCAUUUCGCCGCAUCGAGAACCUUUACAGCUACAUGUACUCCACUGCUCCUACCCCACAGAUCGGAGAGCACACACGACCUCCGCUGGCUGGCUUUGGCUACGGUCUGCCCAUCUCCAGACUCUACGCCAAGUACUUCCAGGGAGACCUGCAGCUCUACUCCAUGGAGGGCUACGGCACAGAUGCUGUAAUCUACUUGAAGGCGUUGUCUACAGACUCCAUCGAGAGGCUGCCGGUCUACAACAAAACUGCUCUGAAGAACUACAAAGUGAGCCAAGAGGCUGACGACUGGUGUAUACCCAGCAAAGAGCCUCUUGAUCUGCGCAACUAUAAGGUUGCCAAAUGAGAACAUCCUCCAGGCCUGGUGCUUCAAGCCCUACAAGCCGUGAAGCCUCCAGAAGAUCUUUGUAUUCCCAUGUCAUCAUCUACUAAGGCAGAUGGGCACGGACGCUCUCACCACUGACAAAGUGUCCUCUUACAUUUCAGUUUUAGCGGUAGCAUGUUGUUUUCAUUCCCUGUCGUGUUUUUUUGGGUUCAAUAUAAAAAAAUUAUACAAAUGGGAGACAGCUACAGUACUAAUCACCUCUAGAGACCUUUGGACAGGUGGUUGAAAUACACUUCACUUCAACUUGGGAGUGAGUGUAUGUGUGUGUGUGUGUGUGGAUAAGCAGCCCAGAGUCAUGUGACACAGAUACAGAGACACAGAGGCAGCACCCAGCAUGCAAUGGGUGCAAAAAAAAAACAACAAACAAGGUGGGAAUAUGAGAGAUAGACGGAGAGAAGCAGAGGACGGUUUUAUUAUUAUACCACAUGCUAUAAGGUUAUAUAGCAGAUGUUUGAAGAGGGACAUGUGGAGGUAUUCAGGUGAUCGGGGGGGAGGACCUGAUGUUGAACCAGAUCCUAUCUCCUGUAGGGAACGUCACCCAGGCCUUACAGUAGCAAGCUUACCCCAAAGGAUCAUUUGAUUAAAAUACUUGAAAGCUAUUUAAAUUAAUACCACUGGUGCUCCUUGGUAGAUUUUAUAGACUGUUGGAUCUUGGAUCUGUAGAUUUGAACAAAUAUAGGUCUUUGAAGUUGAGUGGUUUUUGUCUGCGUGGGUAUUUGUUCAAGCUUUUUGAUAUUUUUCAGCCCCCCCCAAAAAAUGUUUCCACAGUAUUCAACACUGACUGAUAAGAUACAGUGUUAUCUUUAAUAUCCGUUUUCUGGACCAGGCUGAAUGUAAUCCGCUCUUUUCUGUGCAUUCAUUUGCAUUAAUUAUACAGAUAAAGAGUCUUGAAACUUGCAGUAUCACAAGACCCCCAGUUCCCUCUGAUGUUCCACAGCCGGGGAAAGCAUUAGCCUGGCUUGUUUGGAGGGCUUAAAACGCCUUUUAGUUAAAGUUCAGUGGAGGCUGGUAUUACACACAGAAGACAUGAGGAGACAGUGCAUGUCGUGUUUGAGUUCUCUGCCAGUUCAGGUCAGUCUCAGAUUAUUUAAUAUAGUGUGCCAUAAGAUGAAAAAGUGUCCAUUGGGUCCAUAUAUGUUAAAAAAAAAAGGUUUUCUUUUGUAUUAAAAUCAACUUAAUCAUUCAGUAUGUGAAAGGUUAUUUUUAUAUAGCUCCAGAUUUUGUGACUGAAAUGAUUGUAAAUACUGUAAAUACUAUACAAAUAAAUAAAAUAGAACAAAUUCAGU